UCGGGGUAGUUUUGUAAUAACGUAAAGUGAAAGGUGUCCUGGGCGAAAAAGAAGAGAACUGAAAGAAGAAAAAAGAGAAGGAAAAAAUCGAACAGAAAUUGAAGAAAGAAAAGAAAACGAGAAAGCAAUGGGAUCUUCAAAUUCAUCAGCUGUUGUUCCGCUCCUCUUUUCCUUCCUUUUCUUCCUUCCCGUCUUAGCUUCAGCUUCUUCGAUUGAUUACCAGCAUGGACGAGUUGGGCAGAGGGUUUUGAUGAGCUUCAGAGAAAUUCCAAAAGGAAGUAACCGUACUUUCGAUUGCUCUCCUUCUGGUCCUUGCGUUCCUUGCCUUUACUCUGAGAAGGGUGAUGAAAAAUAUCGAUGCAGUGAGACAGGAUAUCGUAUCCCUUUCAAAUGUGUAGAAACUGGUGAUGGUUCAAAGGCUGAAAAUGAGCAAAAAUCUGAAAAAAGUAGAUCUGAUCUUGAAAUCUCAGUCAAUAAUGAAAAUUCAGGAAAGCGUAGAAGCUUACUUGGUGAUUCAUCCACAUCUGGGGGCAGCUCAAACGCCUAUAUUACCUACAGAAGCUGCAUGCAAACAGUUAAUGAAGAGAAGUUAUCAGUACUAGGUUUUGAGGGAAUUAUAUUUGGAUUGCUGCUUAUUAGUGGUUCAGUUGUAUUCUUAAGAAGAAAGCGGAGCAUUACCAUGCCAGGAGCAGCAGCUGGGAGGAUACAGCCCAACUCUAGGUUUUGAUUUAGAAGCCCUUUCAUAUGAAACCAACUUUGUUGAUAACUGCGGGCUUUGAAGCAAUUUAGAACAGAUUUAAGGGCAAGGCAUUUGCUGUUUGUUUCUUUUUCUUUUUUUUUUUUCCCUCCAUCUUGCGGUGAAAUUGUUAAAAUGAUCAUUCUUGGUAGUUCUGCAAUCAUCGAUGAAAGGAUUAAAAACGUUUUGGGUGGUCUCUUGGUAUUUGGUAAGCAAUGAUAGAAAGGUGCCAUUCAUACUGAGCUGUUAUAA